CUUCCAGUGGACAACAUCCUACCCAAAACCCAGACUGAGCAAGCAUGCUACUACAUUUAGACAUCACUUAACUGGAGCGUGAGUUAUACCACAGAUUAACUGGUGGAGUUACCGGGAGAUAUAACGGUGUUUAUUUUCAAUCACACAGAAAUAAACUCUCCUUGCUGCCAUGGGGGACAGAUGGAUACAAUUCCUCUCAUCUCUAUCGCUUCUCUUUCUCCUGGAAUGGACGCAAAUAUCAUCUUUCAACCUGGACACAGAAAACGUCCUAAUAAAGAAUGGAGAGCCCGGGAGUCUUUUCGGCUUCUCUCUCGCCAUGCACCGGCAGUUAGAUCCGGUGGAUAAGAUCAUGUUGCUUGUUGGUGCUCCGAGGGCCAAAGCUCUGGGAGGUCAGAAGUCAAAGGUCACAGGAGGACUCUACAACUGUGAUACCACUUCCUCCAGCUGUAACCGCGUGGAGCUUGACAACAAUGAGAACCUGAAAGCUGAGAGCAAGGAGAACCAGUGGAUGGGUGUAACAGUGAACAGCCAGGGACCAGGAGGAAAAAUUGUGACGUGUGCCCACCGCUACCAGCUGCGUCUGUUUGUGAACACGCCCCAGGAGUCUCGUGACAUCACAGGAAGGUGUUACGUGCUGAGCCAGGACCUGACAAUCAAUGCCCGGUCUGAUGAGGAUGGAGGGAACUGGAGGUUCUGUGAGGGGCGGGCACGCGGGCAUGAGAGGUUUGGCUCAUGCCAACAGGGUCUGUCUGCCACCUUCACUAGGGACUAUGAAUACCUAGUGUUUGGAGCUCCUGGAGCAUAUGACUGGAAAGGUAUGGUGAGAGUAGAGCAUAAGAACAGCACUCUGUUGGAGAUGCGUUCGUAUAAAGAUGGGCCCUAUGAGGUGGGCGAUGAGAACCAGUUAAACCCAGACCUGGUCCCUGUGCCCCCUAACAGCUACCUGGGCUUUUCUUUGGACUCAGGGAAGGCCAUCACUAAGAAGGGUCAGCUGACAGUGGUUGCAGGCGCUCCGAGAGCCCAUCACAGCGGAGAGGUGGUGUUGCUAAAGAAGGAGUCCGAUGAGUCCUCCAUGCUGUCACCAGAGUACAUCCUGGAAGGGGAGGGGUUAGCCUCAUCGUUCGGCUACGACCUCACUGUGGUGGAUCUCACUGGAGACGGGUGGCAGGAUAUCGUGGUGGGAGCCCCUCAGUUCUUUGAGAAGGAUGGAAAGGUGGGCGGAGCUAUUUAUGCCUAUAUUAACAAGGGCGGAGUCUGGAGUAAGCCAACACCCACCAGGAUAGACGGACCUCAGGACUCCAUGUUCGGACUGGCUGUAGAAAACCUGGGAGAUCUCAACCUGGACGGUUAUCAGGAUAUCGCUGUAGGAGCACCAUAUGAUGACAGUGGGUCAGGGAAGGUGUUCAUCUACCACGGCUCAGCUCAGGGCAUCAACAUCAAACCGGCACAGGUGUUGUCAGGGGUGCCAUCGAAGACGAGGUUGUUCGGUUAUUCUCUAGCUGGUAACAUGGACCUGGACAGGAACUCCUACCCUGACCUGGCCGUAGGGUCCCUCUCCGACUCUGUAUUUGUCUACCGAGCUCGGCCAGUCAUCAAUAUCCAGAAGGUUGUCAAGACAAUGCCAAAGGAGAUUGAUCUAACUAAGAAGAACUGUGGCAACAACAUUUGCUUGGAGGUAGAGGCCUGUUUCUCCUACACAGCCAACCCCAAAUCCUACAACCCCAAACUGACGGUGGCGUACUCCUUUGAAGCGGAUGCGGAGCGUAGGAAGAAGGGUCUUCCACCCAGAGUGACCUUCUCCACACGUUCCAGCGAGGACCAUGACUACGAGUCCACUGGUGUUCUCACCCUCAGUGCACAGGGCAAGAAGGAGUGUAUCACUGCCAAACUCACUCUACAGGAUAACAUUAAGGACAAGCUUAGGGGAAUCCCCAUUGAGGUUGCUGUGGAGAUACAGAACUCCAAAAGGAAGAGAAGAGCGCUCCCAGGGCUCACGCCCAUCCUCGACUCCAACCAGCCUAUCACGGCCAGUGCUGAGGUGAGUUUCCUGAAGGAAGGAUGUGGCAGUGAUAAUUUGUGUCAGAGUAAUUUACAGCUUCAGCACCGCUUCUGCUACAGAGAACCCAACAAGGACAUCUUCCAUCUACUACCUAUGGAGAAUGGGGUGCCAGUGGUCUCCCUUAGCGACCAGAAGGACAUCGCCCUAGAGAUCACAGUGACCAAUAAGAAUGGAGAUGAUGCUCAUGAGGCAGCAUUGGUUGCCUCCUUCCCUUCCUCUCUCUCCUACUCCGCCUCCUACUCUGCACCCAAGGCAGACAGGCAGGUGUCCUGUGUGGCCAAUAAGAAUGGCUCUCAGGCAGACUGUGAGCUGGGGAACCCCUUCAAGCGAGACUCAGAGGUAACGUUCUACAUAAUCCUGAGUACAGCAGGCAUCUCUCUGAACACCACAGAGCUGGAGAUAGACCUGAAGCUGGAGACGACAAGUGACCAGCAGAAGGUGGGCAGAGUCAAGGCUAAGGCCAAAGUGGUGAUCGAGCUGCAGCUGUCCCUCACAGGAGUGGCCAAGCCCUCCCAGGUCUACUUCACUGGAGAGGUCAAAGGUGAGAGCGACAUGAAGUCAGAGGGAGACAUCGGCAGCCCGAUCGAGUAUGAGUUCAGGGUGAUCAACCUAGGGAAGCCCCUGAAGACCUAUGGCACCGCCUCCCUGAUCAUCAAUUGGCCAAAAGAAACUGUGGAGGGGAAGUGGAUCCUGUACCUGGUGAAGAUGGACUCCCAAGGUCUGGAACAGAUCACAUGCUCUCCAGAGAGAGAGGUCAACCCACUCACUGUCAAAGAGGAGAGUAGGAGUAGCAGGAGGAGGCGAGCUGUAGGGGAGACUGACAAACCUGAGGGAACCAUCGCACUGCUGACUGACAAAAGGAAAUACACUACUCUGUCGUGUGAGAAUGGGGCAAAGUGUGUGGAGAUUCACUGCUCCCUACAGGGCCUGGACAGUAAUGCAGUCAUCCUGCUCAGAUCUCGCCUCUGGAACAGCACAUUCCUGGAGGAGUACUCUAAGCUGAACUAUCUGGACGUGAUUGUGAAAGCCUCUCUCAGAGUGGACGGCACAGCUAAAAACAUGGUCCUGAGGAACGCUGAGACACAGGUGAGAGUGACGGUGUUCCCGGAGCGGCGUGUGGCUCAGUACGGAGGACUGCCAUGGUGGAUCAUCCUGGUGGCCAUCUUGUUAGGACUUUUGCUGCUCGGCCUGCUGGUCUUCCUGCUCUGGAAGUGUGGUUUCUUCGGGAAGAAGAAAGAAGAUGCCCCACCCUCUGACAAAGAGAGAUUGACGCCGUCUGAUGCAUAAAGAGAGAAAGAGAGAGAAAGAAGCUGUCAGUCUCUGGGGUAAACACAUCUAGACCCAUCUUCAGUGUACAUGCCUGGUGGGGCACAGAGUGGCAUGAAGGAUGGACGGGCCCAGUGGAACAGACUAACUCUAUCGCAGGAGAGGAAAACACUUUUAAUAAAAGACUGGCAGUAAAGGGGCUCAGCGCUAUGAAAUCAAAUGCAAUGCUAUGAUGAUGACUACUAUGAUGAUGGAAUGAAAUGUUAAGAGCUCAGCUUAUAGGUUUCUGUAGAAAACACUUCAAGUUUCUGCUUGGAAAUAUCCUUCUUUCCAACUGUUAUGGCUGAGUUAUGGACUCUCUACAUGCAUGGCCAUCCCGGAUUGAUGCUUUGGUUGAAAAUCAUUAUGAAAUGCUCAUCUAUCACUCCAAAGACCCUGCAGCUCUCUCUCCAUCUCUGGUUUCUGGUUCUUUGGUUGCUAUAGGAACAUCAAGCACUUCCUUUUCCUCUCUCAAAGCUCCUCGACUGCUCUCAUUCUGGUUUUAUAGCAUCUUUCUGUUUUGUAGGACUCUUGGCGACUCUGUAAAAGCACUUGCAGUGCCAUACUUAAAGGGAUAGUUCACCCCUAAAUCAACCUUUCUCAUACGCUUUCAUAUUUUGAAUUCAUAGAUUCAGUUUGGGGAAUGAACUAUUCCUGUAAUGACGGUGAGAGGUUUAAUUAACUCUUCAAAUACGACGUCAUCGUGUUCCCAGCUACAACGUGUUGCAGAUAAAAAAUAAGGAGAAAGACCAACUGGAAAUCCUGGAAAUGAAAGCCUGCUGGAAUGAGAAUGAGUUACUUUUAAUGAUGGCAGAAUGCUGGAUCUCCCAUUCCCACAGACAUUCCCAGAGACACAGAAUUCCUACCUAACAUUCCACAGUCUUCUCUAACCAUUCCAAGGUUUGUCUCCGCAGUGUGGAUAAUUGAUUGGACAUAGAAAUACAAAAGGAUUGUCAAAAAGCUUUAUUUGUGGACUUUAAAGAGGGAUGAUGAUGCUACAAUAGCAGUUUAGAUAAGGUAAAAUAAGACACUUGAUCAAAUUGUUCCUUUUUGGGGAUUUAUUAAGUAUUAUCUUGUCUGAUUUUAUUUUAUCUUGAUUGUGACAUCCAUGUUGAUCACUGGACAGAAAUCGUUUUUUGUUGUGUUCUUGUACAUUUUGGGUCAAGAAUCCCAGUUGUCUCUCUUUCAGAGCUCUGUACAAUGUUUUGUAAAUGUACGCCUAGGCUGAAGGGGUUUUGUAUACAUUCUGUAAGAUGUUUAAUUCUUUAGAGUCUAAGACAUGGGGGGGGUGCUAAACUGACAUGGAAUUGCUUUAAGAUGGUCAUACCAUGGAUCAUUUAGCUAUUUGAUUUAGAGUUUUAAAAUAUAUUUACAAAAAAAAAAGUUUGAUAAAAUAUAUAUUUAUAACAAAAAUAUUUGAUAAAAUAUAGAUUUUGUCCUUUACUACUAAAGCCCAUAGAAACACAUUGAAUAACACAUUCAUAAAUGGCAAAAAGUACAGUCAAAAUAUGAGAAACAAGUGUUUUGAAGUGUCUGUCCUAAAUCUAGGAGAUAUUAAAAACAAACUCAGAAUGUUUAGUUUUUUUUACACAUUUAACCCCUUUUUGGGGGUUUGGCACAAAACUACCUUAAUACAUUCAUCAUUUAAAAAUAUAUAAUCUGGUACUGAUACCUUCAGAAGAGUCCUGUGACGCUUGUGGGCGUCGCAGAGCAAAACAGAGAACACCAUCAUGUGGUCAUAAUGUACUGAACAAAAAAUAUAAACACAACAUGCAACAAUUUCAACAAUUGUACUGUGUUACAGUUCGUAUAAGGACAUCAGUCAAGUGAAAUAAAUAAAUUAGGCCCUAAUCUAUGGAUUUCACAACUGGGUAGGAGCGCAGCUAUGGGUUGGCCUGGGAGGGCAUAGGCCCACCCACUGGGGAGCCAGGCACCGCCAAUCGGAAUGAGCUUUUUCCAACAAAAGGGCUUUAUAACAGACAGAAAUACUCCUCAGUUUCAUCAGAUAUCCGGAUGGCUGUUCUCAGACGAUCCCGCAAGUGAAGAAGCCAGAUGUAGAGGUCCUGGGCUGGCAUGGUUACACGUGGUCUGCGGUUAUGAAGUUGGUUGGAUGUACUGUCAAAUUCUCUAAAACAAUGCCGGAGGUGAGUUAUGGUAGAGAAUCUCUGGCAACAGCUCUGCUGGAUAUUCCUGGAGUCAACAUGCCAAUUGCACGUUCCCUCAAAACUUGAGACAUCUGUGGUAUUGUGUUGUGUCCCCAGUACAAGGUGCACCUGUGUAAUGAUCAUGCUGUUUAAUCAGCUUCUUGAAAUGCCACAUUUGUCAGGUGGAUGGAUUAUCUUGGCAAAGGAGAAAUGUUCACUAACAGGGAUGUAAACAAAUUUGUGCACAUAAUGAGAGAAAUAAGCUUUUUGUGCGUAUUGAAAAAUUCUGGUAUCUUAUUUCAGCUCAUUUAACAUGGGACCAACACUUUAGUGUUUAUAUUUUUGUUCAGUAUAGUUUGGUCAAACCGUUCGAACGCUACAGACGUUCUCGUGAGAAGACCGAUUUUUGGGAAGGUGUCAUGGUCUGACAAACAUCGUUCUAGCUGUACCACCUUUCACUGUAGAUGAAGUGCGACGCUGGCUGAUUGAGACGCAUCGAAUGCCAAACACAUAUCUAGCUUAAAAACUGACAGAUUGAUGGGAUUUUCUGUUAUGAAGCUUAGAUUGACAACACUGGUGCAUCAAUCGACUCUUGGAUCACGACAGGGGGUUAAUAUUGCGUGUGAGAAGGUUUCCUAACAAUUACUCCAAUGGCCAAAUACUUUCUUUACCCAAAAUGAGUUCCUCAACAUAUGGAAGGACGGAUCAAAUCACACUGCCAAAUCAUCUCAAAACAACAAAUAGACAGUGUUGCAACACAUCUGCACUCGUGUAUAAAGACCGUUCUACACAUCCCAGGUGUUUAACUGGGGUCCUAUUUUAUGUUAUAGCAGAAGCUAAUCAGCAGCUUUCCUGAUCCAUCUUUCUGUUUUAUGUACCAACUUUAUCACCCAGAACCGUUGAGAAAAUGUUCAGUACUGGUGUAUUAUUAUUGUUGAGAUGGACCAGUGAGGCAGAAGAGGAAUUACAGACUGUACUUUAACCCGUUACGUCAAGUAUUUAAACAGGGCCCAUUCAAUACCAAACGUGGAGGAUUUGUCCAGUGACGGUUCUUGACAUUAAUGUGGAAAAAUGCAAGGAUUCCUUAAAUACAUGUUUUUACACCCUGUACAGUUACAAUCUCUUCUGGUUUUUGUGCACUUUGAUGUCAUGGAAAUUGAAUUGAACCUACAUGUAAAAACAUGUUGAUCACAGUCAAAUAAAACUUUAAGGCAA